ACGCGUAGUCAUCGGCAAAUAAAAUUUUCUACCGACAAACCGUUUUGCAUCUCGCCUUAUUAUUGGAUUGACUUUGACCGUGUGCGGUAGUGUUCUUUUGGGUUGUCUUUGAAAGUGAAAGCAAUAAACAAAAUGAAACUGUUCCUGUUGAGUGCAUUUUUCUUCCUCGCCAGCUUCCAUGCUGCCCAAGCCUUGCGUUGCAUGCAGGGCGUCGAGUUGGUCCUGCCCUCGGAUGCUACCGCGGACAAGGACAAAGAAAAAAUGCCGGAAUUCACUGAGUGUGGCAUCGCGACGGCCGGUAUCUCGGCUGCCUCGCUGCUUGCCCUGAAGCCGAAUACGGCCACACUUCCUUCGGGCGACUACAAGUGCUACCAUCUACGAAUUGAAGAUUCCGACUCGAAGAAGGCAACCAUUAUGAAGGGCUGCAUCUACAAGGCCCAGAACGUGUGCGACGGCAAGUUCAAGGUGGACAACGUCCGUGAAGUGUUCUGCAGCCAGUGCGAUCAGGAUGAGUGCAAUUCGGCGUUCCGAUUCGCUUCCAACUGGAAGAUUCUCAGUCUCACCCUCUUCACCAUCGUGUGCUUCUUCAUGAAGUAAACGCUGCUCCAUGGGUUCCUCCGUUGGGACGCGAUCCAUCCAACUUACUCCACUACAUUUACGCCAAAAACGAAUCAUCUUUUUUCUAGUGUGUAAGCUUUACAACCACAGCGAACUAUUUGAUAAUAGGCCUCGGUAUCGAAACUCUCAGGAUAAUACGCAUGCCUUCCCGCGAGCGUCAGUGUUUGCGUGUGAUGAUAGUGUGCCGAUCAGGCACCGAAGGAGAAGACAAACUACAAAACAACUACCAUUUCUAUUCUGCGACUAUAGUGAUGUUGGAGACGCAUCAGAAGCCCGGGAUAAAUGCCUUACAACGAUGAACCAACGAGAUAAGUUCGUAAUCUCAAACGCUUCUUUGAGUAGGAAUUAAAUGGUGCAUUCCACCGUGCAUUAGUCAUCGGUUGACUCUUUGCCCGUAGUGAAGCUCUCUGCGCUUCCAGCAAAUGUUUUUUUUUUGUUCGUUUGUCUAGUGGCAGCAUAUUCUCGUAGUAAGUUUUACUGAACGAAUCAAAAUAUUGCUAUAUAGUGCUGAGUGCUAAGGUAGUAGAUGCAUUUUCCAAGCUUUUUCUUUUUGCUGCAAUAGGCAUGCGAUAAUAAGGCAUACGCUUUUUGAUUGUUUUUUUUGGUUUGUGUUCGUGCAUUGUGAAGCAUCUUAAAGCGUGAUUAAAAAGAAACAAUAAAAUUUGCUACCAUUA